AUGUCAUCUGAGCAGAUUAUUGCCAUCGUCAUGGAUGAUAAAAUCUACGAGGUGAAUAAAAAGAAGCUGAUUGAGAAAAGCGACUACUUCCGUGCGCUGUACAGCUCCGGGAUGAGGGAGUCCACGGAGGACUCGGUGCAGCUGCAGGGGCUCAGUGUGCCCGGCCUGGAGCUCGUCCUGGAGUUCAUCAACACCUCCAAGGUCCAGGUUGUCAACGAGACUCUGGAGGACCUGAUUGAGACCGCCUCCUUCUUACAGGUCACCUCCAUCCUCAAGCUCCUCACCUCGGAGAUCCGCCAGGACAACUGCGUGGAGCUGUACAGCCUCUCUGAAGUCUACGGGACUCAUGAUCUGCGCAAUGCUUGCCUCAAAUACAUGAGCUGCUACUAUCAUCCCAUGCUGAGGCGACCAGAGUUCAGCAGCCUCCCCUCUGCUGUCAGAGAGCUGGUCAAAGAGAUGCGCAUGAGAGGCACUGCCACCCUGGUAGCCAUAGGAGACUUCACCUGCCUCUCCUUGGACGUGCCGGAUCAGGAUGAGCCCUGGUCCAUGCUGAGGUAUGGAGAGAUGGAGCAGCGCUGGAAACCCUUGGCAAACAACCUGCCUUCAGAUAUGAUAAACGUCAGAGGAUAUGGCUCAGCUGUGCUCGAUAACUACCUGUUCAUAGUGGGUGGAUACAGGAUGACGAGCCAGGAGAUCUCUGCGGUGCACUGCUACAACCCCUGCAGGAACGAGUGGAGCCAGGUGGCUCCGCUCAACCAGAAGAGGUCCAACUUCAAGCUGCUGGCGGUCCAGGGGAAGAUUUACGCGGUCGGAGGCCAGAGUCUGGGCACGGUGGAGUGUUACAGCCCGGAGCACGACUGGUGGAUGUGUGUGUCCUCGAUGCCCGACCCGCUGGCUGAGUUCUCAGCGUGUGAGUGCCAGGGGAUGAUCUACGUCAUGGGAGGAUACACCGCAAGAGACAGGAACACAAGCGUCCUGUGUUACUGCCCCACCUCUGACACCUGGACGGUGUUUCGCUCCUGUUCGGCGCACAUCCGCAAGCAGCAGAUGCUCUCGGUGGAGGACACCAUCUUCCUGGUGGGCGGCUACACCCACGAGCUGGAGUUCGGCCAGCGGCGUCCCAGCCAGACGGAGGAUGUGCUGACGGUGCAGUCCUACAACGUCACCACGGGGGAGUGGAUCCAGCUGAAGGAGAACACGUCCAAGUCGGGCCUGAACCUGACGUGCACGCUGCACAACGACGGCGUCUACAUCAUGAGCCGCGACGUCAGCCUGCCCACCAGCCUGGAGCACCGCGUCUUCCUCAAGUACAACAUCUUCUCGGACGCCUGGGAGGCCUUCAGGCGCUUCCCGGCGCUGGGUCAGAACAUGCUGCUCUGUUCGCUCUACCUGCCCAACGUGCUGUGAUCCAAAGGGCUGAUGGGAAACAGAGAGAGGAGCCCAUGAGGCGUUAAUAUAGGCCCGUGUGUGGCUUGCUUGUUCUCGCACAGAAUGGGGCUCUGCUGCAUUAGUGGGAACAGUGACCUUUGUGCCUCAUUAUACAUACUGUUGCUGAUGUAUAAAGAAGCUACAAUGAUAAGUAUGAAAGUGAUGAAGCCCCCGUAGGUCAACCACAUCAUAACAGCAAGCCCCAGUUCAUUCCUCUCAUGUAUUCAAAUGAAAGUCACAGUGGAAAUCAUCUGUUCUCUAAGGAAUAACUACCUGGACAGUUUGAAAAAUCACUUACCUCUGCUCAUCAGGUUAUUGCCAAAGACUCUCUGAACCAUCUGGAUGAUUAAUGAUUCCCUCUGCUGCACAAUUGAACAUCUUUUUUAGUUUGUUUCCUCACUGGCAACUCUUGUUUCCUAACGCAUCUUUAUUUUGAUUUGGAAACAGAUUUGCAAACUUUAAAAUGUUUUAAUGUGCAGGAGGGAUGUUACUGUCCAGAUGGUUAGACGAGUCUUUUAUGAUUCUGAAAACAAAGUAAGGACAGCAGUAAGAGUGAUUUAAUGAUAGAGCCCAUUAUUUACUAUUUUGAUGAUCUGUAAAUCUUGUAAGUUAUAUUCCUUCCAAAAAUGUCAGAAAAUGCCGUUUUCACCCUCUAACAUAUAGAGAUUUCCCGAUCUCUAUUUAAUAUGAUAUCAAACUGAAUAUAUGUGUCUCUUGGUCUGACAAAAUAUGGCAGUUUAGACAUCUUCUUCGACCUUGAGAAUCUGACUUUUUAUAGACAGAAAAAUAUUGACAAUGCUAGUAAUUGUUACUAGGAGCCCUAUUAAACGACCUUGGUUUUCUAACACUGUAAGGUCAGUAUUUAUGUAACGGAUGAAUACCUCUGUUGAAUCUAAUGCUAAUACAUGACACACAAACAAACUUGGGUUUUAUUGCUGCAUGAUUUUAAAUCUAUGGGACACAAUAUUCCUGAUGUUUACACUGCAAAUAUCGCAUUAGGGUACAGGUUUAUCCAUAAUUCACUACAAACCUUAAAAUAUCUCGGAAACAAAACACAUUCUCUAUGAACUGUACAUAGCAGGUAAUCAUGAAAAAUGGCUUUGGUUUUACACUGCCAGGUUAAUGAAAAGAUCCUUUGAAAGUGGUUGUUUGUGAGGAGAAGCGGCUUAGAGGGAGCUUAAUGUGUGUACACUUGCACAGUAUUCUUUUUCAGAGAAAUACUAAGCAAAGCUUCAAGCGCAAGUCCAUGAAAUGAACGAUGCACAUGUGCCUUCUGCAACCUCAGAUAAUGGAACUCCAUACAAAAUGAGCACAAAAUGCAAGACUUUGUUACAUUGCCAGCAACUGACCAAACUGCUGUGUUUCAUUUCUUUCUCUCUGCUAGCAUGCAGCAGCUUUUUCUUUUCAUUAAGGUACUUUUCCGUUUCUUUAUUAACUACUGGGUGUGCGGAAAUGAGUCAAAAAAAAAUGCAUUUCAAAAACUUGAAUUUGUGUGUUAAUGCAGCACUUUUAUUGUGGGAUUUUGUGGAUUUCUCUUUGCAUUAUUGAUCUGUUUGACAGUUUGGGGAAUUUAGUUCAUGAUAAUAAAGACAAUGAUCAGG